GUUGAUACCCAAGGCGGACAUGCCUCAUUGGCGUGCCAAAUUAUUUCUCUCUUGAAUGUUCAUAUCCGCAUUCGCAUUCGCCUUCGCCUUCGUAGGUGGGUGUGGCAUCGUGUGUUUCUAAUCAAAGCCAUGCCUCAAUCGAGUCUGGAAUCGUUCCAACCGGAUCUGCUCCUAUGUCGGCUCUGUGACGCAGUUCCCACCGGCCUUGAUCUCGACAACGGAUAUGACCACUAUGAGAGCCUCGCAGAGCUGCAGAAAUCAGCUUCCGGCGACAAAUAUUGCCGUUUGUGUCAGAUGAUGUGGGAGUCGAUCGUCCAGGUCCACCAGAAGCAGCGGUUCCAUCUGGGAACUCACCCUAUCCUGUCCGAGACUUGGCCCGUCAGGCUCUACGGCCUGCCAAAUCCUGCUGGGGAAGGAGCAUGGCGUGGUUACGAUGCUCUCGAACUUCGCUCUGGAGAUAGAGCCAAGUGCGAAGACCGUACUUGGGUAACCGCGAAGACAAAGGCAAGAACCGAGUACCCGGUCGUGAGUCGCCUAUACCUGCACAAGGGAGACUGGGUCUGUCCACUCCUGUACACAACUGUGUGUCUGGACGAUAAGUCGCCCACUGGCUUCGGAAUUGCCACGCGAUGGCUGGAGUCUUGCACCAACCACCACAUGCAUCCCGAUAUCAAGCCGGGUUUUCCAGACCUCCCAACCCGAGUUAUAGAUGUCGACCCGACCUCGCCCAUGAUCAAAUUGGCUGUCAAGGGCCAGCGCCUACACGAGAGAGCUCCGUAUACUGCCCUAAGCUACUGUUGGGGGAAGUCGAAGGCCACUAUCACGACGCCGGACAACCUGCAUCGCCAUACUCAUGUUGGAAUGGACUACCAAUCGCUUCCCCGCGCAAUACAAGACGCUAUUACCGUUACGAGGAACCUCUCCAUUCGCUAUCUGUGGGUCGAUGCCCUUUGCAUUCUCCAAGGCUCGGUGCCGGACGCGGUUCGGGAUUGGCUCACUGAGUCGUCCAAGAUGAGCCAGAUAUACGGUGAUGCAACACUGGCCAUAAUUGCUGCUGAUUCCCAAGACUGUCAAGACGAGUUCCUACUGUCACGCCAACUGGUAGUAUCCGAGGCGCGACAAAGCCGUGACGGCAUCCCCGGCCGUAACGUUCUCUCGGCGUACCGAGCGGGAAUGGUUCCCGGCUACGUGAAUCGAAAAGCCAACACCUGGUCCACUCGCGCCUGGACUCUGCAGGAAGUCGCUCUAUCCCACCGGGCGCUCAUAUACACAAACGAGCAGGUCUACUGGAAAUGCGGCGCUCACGGGCUCGUCAGCUCAGACGGACACUUGUCUGUGCUGCCCCGGAUAGACGCCCUGCAGGAAGCCCACCUCAGGAACGACUGGACUCGCGUCGUCAUAGAGUACUCGCGACGGUUCAUGACCAAUCCUGCCGACAAGCUGCCGGCCCUGUCGGGGUUGGCACGCCUUCACUGCGACGCAAACGGGCUCGCAUAUGCUGCCGGCCUCUGUCGCGAGAACAUCAAGACGGAACUGCUAUGGAGAACCGAACACUCGGAGAAGCUGUCGCCGAAGCGGCCGUCCGUCUGGCGGGCGCCGUCCUGGAGCUGGGCUUCGAUCGACGGCCCAAUCGACUAUGACAUGUCCGACAUGCAUGCCGGCACUCAGGGUGGUGGCGACGGCGACAUGCAGGUUAACCAGAUUCACCUGGAGUACUUGAACAGCCAUGAUUCAUACGGUCGGGUCACCAGUGGCUGGCUCUCCCUGCGAGGGAGGCUGCGAUCGGCUACUUCGCUAGUACUCGACCAAUAUCACAGUGCUGGAGAUGUCUACGAUGGGAAGAAGAUGCUCGGGAGAGCAUAUGCGGACGAAAAGCGACAAUGGCCGGAAUUCGAAGAGGUAGAAGGUCCUUUGUGGUUACUGUUAGUGACGGGGGCAACUGGUCUUCUGCUAGAGCCCCAUGCUGGUGCCCCUGCACAGGAGUUCAAGCGGAUCGGGGCAUUCUUCUUGAGUCGUUUUGGGAGAAACGAGGUGCCAACGUGGGACGUUAUGGACAUUAAACUUUUAUAG